UUGAUAAUUUAGCAAUUUUAUAACUUACAUAAUCGAUUAGAACCUAACAAAAUUUUGAACAACUGCGUGUUUAGGAUUUUUUUUUAAACUUUCUGCUGGACUUUAAUUUCAUUAAUUUGAGUCAAGGCAGAUAAUUUAAUUUUGUAAACGUUUCUACAAUUCGGUUUAGAGUUAGACCGAAUCGGUUCAAUCCAAAUUGAAGACGGUCGUAUAUAAACCCAAUUCGAGUCAUCACUCCACAAACUUCUUCUUCUUCAGCAACAAAAAUGGCACCCGCAUGCAGUCGAACCAACUCACUCCACGUGGCAGUGAUCGGAGCAGGAGCCGCCGGACUCGCAGCCGCACGUGAGCUACGCCGCGAAUCACACUCCGUCAUCAUCUUCGAGCGCGGCACACAAGUCGGAGGUCUCUGGGUGUACACACCACAAACCGAACCAGACCCGCUCAGCCUCGACCCGAACCGAACCGUAGUACACUCAAGCGUCUACGACUCUCUCCGCACCAACCUCCCGAGAGAGUGCAUGGGCUACAGAGACUUCCCUUUCGUGCCCCGAAACGACGACGCAUCGAGAGACCCGAGAAGGUAUCCUAGUCACAGGGAAGUCCUCGCUUACCUUCAAGACUUCGCUAGAGAGUUCAAUCUCGAGGAGAUGGUUCGGUUCGAGACUGAAGUGGUUUGUGUUGAGCCUGAAGGGCAAAAAUGGAAGAUCCGGUCCAAAAGUUCAGAUGGGAUCUUUAAAGAUGAGAUCUUUGAUUCUGUCGUCGUGUGUAAUGGUCACUAUACAGAGCCUAGAGUUGCUCAUGUUCCUGGCAUAGAUUCAUGGCCAGGCAAGCAGAUUCAUAGUCAUAACUACAGAGUUCCUUAUCCUUUCAAAGACCAGGUGGUGGUAGUGAUAGGAAACUUUGCGAGUGGAUCAGAUAUCAGCAGGGACAUAACAGGAGUGGCGAAAGAAGUCCAUAUCGCAUCUAGAUCAAACCCAUCUGAGACAUACCAAAAGCUUCCCGGGUCCAACAAUCUAUGGCUUCACUCUAUGAUAGAAAGUGCACGCAAAGAUGGGUCGAUUAUUUUCAAGAAUGGUAAGGUUGUACAAGCUAAUACUAUUGUGCAUUGCACCGGUUACAAAUAUCACUUUCCGUUUCUCAAUACCAAUGGCUAUAUCACCGUCGAUGAUAACUGUGUUGGACCGCUUUACAAACAUGUGUUUCCUCCUGCUCUUGCUCCAACGCUUUCCUUCAUCGGUUUACCAUGGAUGGUUAAGUAUCUCUCAUUCAUUCUACCUUCUUUUGGGAUUUCAUCAUCUCCUAAUCAUAUUCUUCUUCUUUUUUUGAAUCAGACAUUGCAGUUCUUUAUGUUUGAGCUACAAAGCAAAUGGGUGGCUGCAGUUUUAUCUGGUCGUGUCACGCUUCCUUCAUCAGACAGAAUGAUGGAAGAUGUCACCGCCUUCUAUGCAAAGCGUGAUGCUAACAAGCUUCCCAAGAGAUACACGCAUAAGCUUGGUGAGUGUCAGGUUGAUUACCUCGACUGGAUAGCUGAGCAAGUUGGUGCACCACCAGUUGAACACUGGAGAGCUGAGGAAGUACACGGCGGAUAUCGAAGACUCGCCACGCAAUCAGACACUUUCCGUGAUAAAUGGGACGAUGAUCAUCUCAUUCUUGAGGCUUAUGAAGAUUUCUUGAGACAGAAGCUGAUUUAGUGUUGGAAUAGUUUAUUAUUGUCUUUAAUAUUUUUAAUUUGGAACAAAACAAUGUUUUUAUACAGAUUGAAGAAUCUAAGACCUAAUCAUGUUGUACAUUUUCUUGUUGACGCCAUCUGUUUAGUUCACUUUCCACCA